AAUCGACGUCUGCGUAUUUUUAGAAUUUAGAUUAGAAAGUAUAGAGAACAUGUUAGUAAAGUAGUAAAAUUAAUUGAAGUUAUUAUUAAUCUACAUAUCCUGUAAGAUGAUGUAUAGAAAUCGAAAUUCUAAAAUAUCCUGCUGAUCGAUAUAUACUGGGCCACUGGGAGCCAAGAUGUUUUGUUGAUGUUUGCCAAAAUUAUGACCUAUUAGAAAUCGGAAAAUGGCACUGGUAAUGUUACCAAGUGACCUCCCAUGGUGGGACUCAGUAAAGAGGUUGUUAAAAAAAAUUGCCGAAACCAAAAAUUCUGUCGAUCUUAUUGAAAAGAUGCAAAAAAUAUACGAGAUGUGCAACGUAAGUUUAGAACCAGACGAGGAAAGUUCAGACCCCCAACAGUUUGAAGGUUUCAUGAAUUUUUUAGAUAAUGAUCUAACAAAUGAAGAAAGGAGUGUAUUUUUCACAAAAACCUUACCCAACUUAGCCACUAGGGCGCUUAAAAUCAAGGACUGUAGACCUAAAAGCGGUUUACAUUUUAGUUUGCAACAGCAAGCUGAUUCCACAGAACUUGAAUAUUCUUUUAUAUCUUCUCUCAUAGCAAACGCAUUUUUUUCGACUUUUCCAAAAAGAACUGACAAAACGCAUCCCACUCUGCAAAAUUUCAAUUUUGCCGACUUCUUUAAAAAUCUAAACAACAACACGCAAAAAUCAAAACUAAAAAGUAUACUUUAUUAUUUUGAAUGGAUAGCCAACAAUGAAAAUUGCUGUGGAACUAUGAAAAUCUUAAGACAGGUAAUGGGUAGUAAAGAAUGGUUAACUAUAGAAGACUGGUUAGAAUGUAACUUGCCUCUAUGCUCAUUAAAAAUCCGCCAUGACGGAAAAUUAGAUAGACCGGAGGAAGAAUGUUUACAAAUAUGUUUCUCAAGUGCCAAAGUAGGAGGAAAUGUUUUAAGCAAUGGAUAUACGCAGGAAUGUAUAAAUCUGGCAACAGCCCCAGAACUGCUAACAAUUCUUUUGAACGUCGAAUCUUUAGAAGACAAUGAAGUUUUAACAGUUGAAGGUGUACGACAAGUGUCAAGAAUGGUAGAUCCAAAGCACCGCGCUUUUUUGGAAAAGUUCGAACGACCUAAUGAGAUGACCGUUUGUUGUAUUGAUGCUGAUAAUUAUACCAAAUUACCGAUCGGACAAUACGAAGAAGAUAAUAUUUUAAGAGAAUUGAACAAGUGCCUAUUAGGUUUUCAACAAAAACAAUUAGUUAAAAAUGAUAAAGACAAUGUAUUUCUUCGAAGGCGCUUAUCUCCUAUUGGGGAAUCGAUGGGAUCCAACCAGUCUGACUGCCUAAAUAUCCCCCUAAUCACCCAACAGUCUUGCAGUACAACACACAGUGGGUCUAUUUCGCCCAUCAGAGACAAUAAUAAUAUGUUAAAUGAUAGACUAUGUGUACAGUUAGAAAGAGAAAGAAAUUUACAAAAAAGAGGAAAACCGAGUGAAUCGGUGGUGAAUGGAAGAAGAGGGAGAUUUAUAGUAUUAGGUUCAUCGGGAGAAUGUCUACCUAUUACGAGGCAUCCCAUGGACGAUGAAAAGAGUGAAUAUGACAGCUGUGAAUCGUCUGAAGGAGAAUUUCAUAGUGCCAAAACUAGUUUAGAUGAUACCAGCGAAGAUGAAAAUUUCCAUAAGCGUUACAGUAUAGAUUUAGAAACGCCUGAUAAACGAAAUAUUUUUGCUCAAAGACUAAAGGAUGCCUUAAGGAAAGAAGUUAGUACAUCUAGUAGCGAUGAAUCGAGUUAUGCCGUGGGUAUUUCAGUUACGGGGUCUAAUUUACAAGAUAGGGAUAUAAGGGUAAAAAGAGGUGGUUCGACAGGCUUUGCUUUAAACGAGGACUCCUUCGAUGACAAUUUUUUAGAAAAUUCCUUAAAUCAAGAAAAAGAAUGGAUAGAUAAAUUUCGAAGCAAACAGUCUUCUGUUUUGAAUAGGAAAGAAUCGAAUAGAUCGUCCGAAUAUAGUUUUAGUACAGAUUAUAGUUCUGAAUUAGAAGAAGUAUACGAACAAUUUUCGAAAUGGUUAGAAAAUCCCCUUUUAGAAACGGAAGCUGGAACCAGAAAGGAGCUAGAUGCAAGAGAAUUAGCCGUUGUCCGAUUUGCAGGAUCAAUUUUAAAACGCACCUUAAGUGAAUCUUUUGUGGGAAUCCCCGUACCUAUGACCGAAGGUUGUGACACGCACUCAGGAACAAACGUAGAAUUUUCUACAAAGAAAAACAAAUUAGUUCUUAAUGCUAAAUCCCUUAGUUUGGAAUUAGCCAGGCAAAAACAUCGUCUAGCAGCUCAAUUGCUCUCCCAACUCUCCGAGAGCCCCAAAAACGGCCUUAGACCCAUAUCAACAGGUAACUGGGGCUGCGGCUCUUCCCACAAAGGUGACGUACAGCUCAAGGUUGUAAUACAAUGGAUGGCAGCCAGUGUGGCCGGUGUGCCGGCAUUAAUUUAUUGCACAUACGGUCACCAACAGUUGGCGAAACUGGAUACCGUUUGUAGGAUACUCAUAGACAGAAAAUGGUCUGUAAAAGAUUUGGCAGAAGCUACAUUGAGGUACUCCAAUAGAGUUAUACAAGGGAAGGAAUUGAGUGGUACCCUCUUCGAGGAACUUAUAGGAAUGGACAGAACAGUGCAAUGAUUUUUUAUAUAUAUAUUUAAAUUGGUUAUUUGUUGUUAAUUUCUAUAUGGGCUGAACACUUUUUUUAUUGGUAACUUCUGAAUUGUAAAACAAGAAUAUUCUAAAUGGAAACAUCCUAGUUUUAAAAGAUAUAGCUUCUAAGGGAACUAUUUUAAAAUUGAUCAUAUGGUUGGGAACAAAAAUGCAAUAAAAUCUGGGUCGCGAAUUUUUAGGGAAUUUACCAUUUGAUUCCAUUAAAAGAAGUAGGUAAAUCAAAUUUAUUUUUUAGGAAAUUAUAUCUUCUUAAUUACAUAAUUAGUAUUUGUUAUUAUUGGACUAAUAGAUUGAUUCAAUAACUACAUUUUCAUGCACCCAUACUUCAUUUAUUGGUGAAACAUUUUAAUUGAUUAUCAUGCAGGUUUUUCUCUUAAUGUAUGUUUUUGUUUUGCAGUUAUAUAAUUCAGAAUUUAUCAAUUUACCACCCAAGAAAAGUGAGUCAUUUUGAUUAAAUGAAAUUAUUUUUAUUAUAUAUGAUUUGCUUCAUGCAUUAAAAUUUGUAUAUUUUUGUACAAUUUAAAUACAGUUAAGGAGAUGUACAGCUUGUCCAAAAAUUGUUUUGACUAGUUUUAUAUCAAAAAUAUUAAAACCACAAUAAGUUAUUUGAUUCAUUAGUGGUGAUUGCAUAAUAAUGGUAUACCAGGUUUUUGAAAUAAAGAUUUUAAAAUCAUUAAAACAAGACAUUCAUGGUGUUGGACACUCUGUAUAUGUAUAUUAUUAAAAACUCUAAAGUAAACAUUGAAGAUACAUAAAACUUCUAUAUAUGGAUUUAAAGCAAAGAAAAUUAAAAAUAAGUCAGUGCCUGGUACUCAAAAAAUCAGAAUCGCACAGUCUUCCCAUUUUUAUACGAAUUUUUUUUUUUUUGAAAGUGAAUUGUUUUUACGAAAAAAGUUGUAUUUAUAGGAUUGUUUAUUACAAAUUUUAAUAAAUAAUAUAACAGUUUAGAUGUUAAUUUACUUAGAAUUAGAAGAAAAUACCCCUCAUCCUUCGGCCUACCCCUUGUCUAUCAUAGAGGAUGUUGAAUUUAUUUACAAACUGGUUUAGAUCAUUACAACCCUUGGUAAGUGUGCCUAAGUAAGUCAUAAGUCCUACAUCGUUACAUUG